AGGAGGCCAGGGUUACCGUGGGGGGGCUAGAUUCUAGAAGCUGGGGGCUGGGCAUUGCCUUUCCAGUUCUUCCUGGGGACUGGACGCUCGCAGUCCCAGGCUGUUUGCUCUGUUUCCCAAGGCUCCUGUGCUAAGGCCUUGUAGUCCCCAACUCCAGGAGUCUCGUUUCUUCUGCUGCCCAGGGCACCUUUCUGCUGUGCCGUGAAAUGGUGGGGGCUGCCCACCCCAGAGUGGCUGGCUCUCUUGGUCCUGUGAUCUGGCCAUGUUUCCACACUCCCCUGAAGAACUCAUCUGCGGCCACCAAACUACCACCAUGAAGGUGCACCUCCCUAGCCCAGCCCCAGAAUGGCGCUGCCCCCCAGCCCCCUGGCUAUGGAAUAUGUCAAUGACUUCGACCUGAUGAAGUUUGAGGUAAAGCGGGAGCCCUCCGAAGGGCGCGCUGGCCCUCCCACAGCAUCACUGGGCUCCACACCUUACAGCUCAGUGCCUCCAUCGCCCACCUUCAGUGAGCCAGGCACAGUGGGCGCCCCUGAAGGGCCCCGGCCAGGCCUGGAGGAGCUGUACUGGCUGGCCACCCUGCAGCAGCAGCUGGGGACUGGAGAGGCGCUGGGGCUGAGUCCUGAAGAGGCCGUGGAGCUGCUGCAGGCCCAGGGCCCAGUUCCCAUUGAUGAGACCCAGGGCUACUAUGCAGAGAGCCCAGAGGAGAUGGGAGCCCAGCAUGCCCAGCUGGCCGAGCGGUUUUCGGACGCGGCUCUGGUGUCGAUGUCAGUGCGGGAGCUGAACCGGCAGCUGCGGGGCUGCGGGCGCGACGAGGCGCUGCGGCUGAAGCAGAGGCGCCGGACGCUGAAGAACCGCGGUUAUGCGCAAGCCUGUCGCUCCAAGCGGCUGCAGCAGCGGCGCGGGCUGGAAGCCGAGCGCGCCCGCCUGGCCGCCCAGCUGGACGCGCUGCGGGCCGAGGUGGCCCGCCUGGCCCGGGAGCGCGACCUCUACAAGGCUCGCUGUGACCGGCUGACCUCGAGCGGUCCGGGGUCCGGGGACCACACCCACCUCUUCCUUUGA